CAGUGUCCGCGCCCGAGUAGCUCCUCUCUCUAGUACACGCCGGACCGCACCAUCUCGAGCUGCCCUUUCCCCCACGCGCCGCCUCCCAGCAUCGCGGCUGCCCCAUCAGACCCUCGCCCAGCACCGCCCUUGCAACCCAGGAGCCGCUUCCCAGUCGCUCCUCCCUCUCAACACAUGAUGCUACUCAAACGCAGCAAGUCUGGCGACCUCGGGUCAAAGGGCAAGAAGAAGGGCCAGCAAGCCCAGCAGGAGCCCAAGGCACCGCAGUCUCCUCCUCGUCUGCCCGCCCUCUAUCAGCCCCCCGAUCUUCAGACUUUCGGAGGCGACAGCCGCCCAGACUCGCUCGCCAUCAUGUCCGGCAAGGCAGAUCAUUCGUUCCACCGCUUCCCGCCUCGGCCAGCCAGCCGUGGCUCAAUUGAUCCGAGAAAGUCGACCUCGUCCGCUCGUCCUGCGCCGCCAGUGCCUCCCGUGCCCGCCAGCUUCGACCCGUAUGCUCGCACUGAGAGCAUGACCCAUCGGGGUCGCUACAGCUAUGCCAGCAGUGCCGUCAGCACCAUCAACAGCCCCCGCAGAGUCCGUCGCCGGAAAGAUCCCACGCCUUUCAACAUCCUCAUUGUUGGUUCUCGCGGUGCCGGCAAGACGUCCUUCCUCGAGUUUCUCAAGACGUCGCUUGCCUUGCCGCCCACAAAGCGCUCGCAGCGCUCGACUGAGAUUGAGCAAGAAGUCACAAGCAAGGCAACCCCAUCCGGCAAUUUCAUCCCACACUAUCUCGAAAGUGAGAUUGACGGCGAGCGUGUGGGCCUCACCAUCUGGGACUCGGAGGGCCUCGAGAAGAAUGUCGUUGAUCUUCAAUUAAGAGAGAUGUCAACCUUCUUGGAGAGCAAGUUCGAGGAGACCUUUGCCGAGGAGAUGAAGGUGGUGCGGUCACCGGGCGUUCAGGAUACGCACAUCCAUGCCGUCUUCCUUAUUCUCGACCCCUCCCGGCUCGACAGGAACAUCGCGGCGGCCAAGUCAACCUCGAAUGGCCUUGGCCACGCACACCGGGUCGUGGGUGGUCUGGAUGAGGAUCUCGACCUCCAGGUCAUGCGCACUCUGCAGGGCAAGACCACAGUCAUUCCGGUCAUCUCGAAAGCCGACACCAUCACUACGGCUCACAUGGCCGUGCUCAAGAAGACCGUCUGGACAAGCUUGAAGACGGCCAACUUCGACCCCCUCGCCCCUCUUGGUCUCGAUGAUGAGGAAGACGACGAUAGCUCAAACGGCUCAAACCGCAUCGACGAGGUUGACGAGGAAGAAGAAGACGAAGAGGCGCAACAUGGCGGGCAGAAUGGCCACAGCGACCAGACAGGCGAAGACGAGGAUGCCGACCCGGAGGACAGCUCGGAUGAUCUCCCUAUCCAGGGUCGCACCUCGCCCGAGGCCAAAAGACGAUCUGCCAACUCUGUCCGCAAGGCCAAAGAACAGGAGCAAACCGACGAGACGCCCCUUCUGCCCAUGUCCAUCAUCAGCCCCGACAUCUACGAGCCAGGUGUCAUUGGCCGCAAGUUCCCAUGGGGUUUUGCCAAUCCGUACGACGCUGAGCACUGUGACUUUACCCGUCUCAAGGAAGCCGUGUUUAGCGAGUGGCGUGGCGAGCUCCGUGAGGCUAGUCGUGAACAGUGGUAUGAGGGCUGGAGAACGAGCCGGCUCAAGCAGCGUGACCCUCAGAGUCGCCGCCACUGAAGGAAAGCUGCCCCCCCAGACAGUUUGCCGCAUCGCUAGCGACUUUCAUUACCCCAUUUUCUCUGUCAUUUCGAUCUUCGCAGCAUACCCCUUUU